AUGGUGAUCGUCCAGCCCGGGAAGAAGCAGCACACCAUGGUUGUAAGGGCGAGCUCGCCAGGCUCCUCAGUGUCCACGAUAAGCCGAGACACAUCGACAGAACCGAGAUUUGUAGGACUUCUCCCGUCGCUACUCGGCACGGCGUUCCGCUCUCAAACAUACGAGUGCUUCAUCACCGACUACGCACCGCAUUCCACAGAGACAUGGGCGGGGCUGCCAACAAAUCUUUCUAUCAUUCCCGCAACUUCAUGGCUGCAAGCUGCCAUUGCCGUUGCCCCAACAGAUCCUGUCCUCAAUAACGCUCUUACGGCGAUGGCGCUUGCUCAAGUCGGGCGGAUGACAAGGCGGCCGGACCUGCUUCUGGUCGGCAGGAAACUAUACACCGAAGCGCUGAGUGGUCUCAAUCGGCGGCUAAAGGGUGGAGACGAAUGCUUUACGGACACAACAAUUGCUGCCAUGCAAGAAGGCUCCAGCGAGGGACGCUCGAAGAGCUGGCAAUCGCACGUCAAGGGGGCCUCAGCACUUAUCCAACUGCGCGGAAGGGCCAACUUCUCCACACCACUGAGCAACAGAGUCUUCCUCGGAGCGCAGAUAGCCGAGUUCAUUGCAUCAGUCGGAAGUCGGAAACCCUCAGCCAAUGCGUCGCUGUGGUCGCAAGCCUGUCAGAGCACGACGACUGAUCCCAGCUUCAUCUCGCCCUUGCGCCUCUUCGAGAUUUUGCAUACUCUACCAGCGAUCAUGAGGGAUGCUGAGAACAUAUCGCCUGUUUAUAUCGCUGAAGAGCGAACCGCGGACAGCGUUAGCGACGCCUUGGUGUCUGUCAUGCAAAAUUGCCAUGAUUUCGAGACGAGACUGACGGAGUGGUACAACGACCUCGAAGCACGAUACCAGAACGAUCACAGAGGGAUCAGACCUCAGCCUAACGCACCCUUAUUUAUCGACGAGACUGAGACCACAGUCGAGUCGAAGCUCUACUGGUUCGAGCCAUCGACUCUUUACUCGAGGCUGCCGCGCAACAGUGCAGCCCGGAUAUUCCCCUUCUUUAUUUGCUUUCCGAACCCAGACAUCGCGUUUCAGAUCAUGCUGCAUUGGACGGGCCUUCUGCUCAUGCACAUCACACUGCAUUUGACGCGUUCUCGGUUCGGCCAGGCCAGACCCGGGAUAUCUUUGCCUGUUAUCGGACAGUUCAAAUUCACGAAUGACGCCCGCUCUCUAGCCCUGCUCAUUGCCCAGUCUCUCGAAUAUUUCGUGCACCCAGACAUGGGUCUCCUCGGGACGAACCUCAUCGGGUUCCCGUUAUCUUCGGCGCAGAGGUACUUCCAGCACGCAGGCACCAAGGAACAAUUAUGGUUCGACGUAAUCUUCCAGCGCAUAGGAGAGAUGAAGUCGGGGCUCAGGGGAUUCUUAGACGACAUGGCCCAGCGACGUACGGUCAAGCUGGUGAGCCCGUGGCAUCGCACGUCGCUUAAGUAG